CAUGGUCACUCUCAGUUCAGCUGCAUGGACUAACUCAGAUGUCACAACUCUGCUCGCUUCUAAUACAUUCACUAAUUACGACAAACGCAUCCGUCCAAGGGCAACACAAAGCGAUGUUGUUGAUGUGUACAUUAAGUUUGGACUGACCGCCAUAACUGGACUAGAUGAGAUUGGCGGGACACUAUAUUUAGUUGGAUAUCUAGAUGUGACAUGGAGGGAUGAUCUCAUAGCAUGGAACACCGGAAGUGUUGAUCAGCUGAUGAUGUCCCAUAAAGAUAUCUGGACUCCAGCUGUGACUUUAUACACGUCAGUGAGCUCUCUCUCCGAGCUCGGCGCCUCUGAUGACCCUGUUACUAUCCUUAAAGAUGGAACUGUGAAUUGGAGGCCAGGGCUUGUCAUUGAAAGUGGUUGUGCUAUUGACGUGAGUUACUACCCAUUUGAUACACAGGAGUGUACAGUAACCUUUCUUCCUUGGCAGUACACAAGUGACCUAGUGCAUCUGAUGCCAAAUGCUACAAUGGUUGAUAUAUCUCUACUACAAAAGAGUUCCGAAUGGGAUUUGACGGAAACAACAGUGAAAAAUACUUCCGGAGUUUUCACAGAGGUCUCUUUCAAACUGACACUAAAGCGGCGUCCACAGUACUUUAUCUUAAAUAUGGUUCUUCCCAUUAUUCUCAUAGGACUUCUGAAUGGGUUUGUCUUUGUGAUGCCAUUUGACCAAGGAAGGGUAGGAUUUAUCAUAACAGGAUUCCUCUCAAUCGGUGUCUUUUUGACUGUUAUAGCAGACGUUCUUCCAAAGUCAUCAAAUCCCAUGUCUCUGUUGGCCUAUUUCAUCAUUUGGCAGCUUAUGCUUGGAGCACUUUGCACACUGGAGUCUAUUUUAACUUUAAAAAUCUACCAUCGGCACGGAAAGAUGCCUCUUCCUAAUUCACUUAAGAAAUUUCUGUCUGUCCUCUGGUGUUAUCCCUGUCGAGGUAAAAGCGUUCAGGAUGAAAAGCCACCAAAAGGUUACACUUUCUACAGGAAACGCUACCAGCUUCACUCUGUCUCGGUAUUUGUCAAAGAAUUUAAGAUGAAGAGAAAGGGAGAUGACAACGAUAAUCCAGAAUUUAAAGAGAAACCGGAGCCAAAAGUCUCGUGGAAGACGCUUGGGAGUACCCUUGAUAUCUUUUUCUUCUUUGUCUUUAUCAUUCUCAACAUUGCUAUCUACAUGAUGUUCCUCGUUCCUUUGGCCAAUGCCGCAUAAAACUAGA